AUGUGUUCAAUUACAGGCCACUUUUCUCAAAUCGUUUGGAAGUCUACCACACACGUGGGUUUCGGAAAGGCUACCACAGCAGAUGGGCAUAAGGAGUAUUUGGUUGGAAUCUACCUGCCUCCGGCUAACUUCAAGGAUGAAUGGAUUGACAAUGUCCCGCGACCAUUGAACGGACAGAUAUAUGUCCCCAGCUGGAGUGAUAUAAACAACCAUCCUGGAGAUACAGCAAAGCCACCUGUGCCAACUCUGGAAUCGUUAGCUCAGCGGGCCAUUGAUAGUGGACCACUGCCGGUGUCACUACUGAAACGGAGUCCGAUACAUGGACUGUCUGAGCAAAAUUGGCUACAAAACGGUAACCGCUUGCCCACCCUCGCCAAAUGUAUCAAACAAGAGAGUAAAGUCUUUGAACUGAAGAGGCCAUUUGGAUUGAAAUGUGAACGCGUUGUGCAGAUUCGUGAGUGGUUUGCGCUUUCGAAGUCAGGGGACGGAAAAGCAGAAACACUGGAACUGCAUACGUGCUACAGUGCCUCCACGAAAGAACAAAUCGAGGUGAGUUCCGUCCUAUAA